GGUCUCCCUUCUCCUCAAUCAUCGAAACAACAAACCGAACAGAGCAAGCGGGGUAAAGAGAGAGAGAGAGAGUCCAAAACCGCCUGUGACCGCCACUUUCAAACUCGGUCGGUAAAAUAGCCAAGAAGAAAAAUUAACAAAAUUAAGCGCUCCAAGGCUUUCAAAUCUGGAUUACCGCUGCGACUAGGGGCUUGGGGAGUCUGCUGGGGUUGCUCUCUGCGGCGAGGAGUUUCAAGAGCUAACAAGUAUAUCUCUGGAUCUGACUGGUCUUCACUGGUUAAUGGUGGAGGUCCUUACUAAGUUGAUGUGGUACAGAAGAUGUUAAAGAAAUGAUAGCAGCACCAGAAAUACAAACGGAGUUUCAUUUUCCACAGGAAACUGAUACACAUUUCUCUUCUGAUACGGACUUCGAAGAUCCCGAUGGAAGGAAUCCAAAGGCAAGCAAAGGAAAAACUGUCAAGAAGGGCAAGAAGGUCACGGGAGAGAAGGGAAAAGCUGGAAAUGGAGGAAAGGGGGGAGGCAUGAGCCGAAUGAAUGGACACCAUCAGGAAAAUGGAAUGGAAAACAUGAUGCUUUUUGAGGUGGUGAAAAUGGGAAAGUGUGCCAUGCAGUCUGUAGUUGAUGACUGGAUAGAGUCCUACAAGCAUGACAGAGACACAGCACUGCUGGACUUAAUCAACUUUUUCAUUCAGUGUUCAGGCUGUAAAGGUGUUGUAACUGCUGAAAUGUUCAGACACAUGCAAAAUUCAGAAAUCAUCAGGAAGAUGACUGAGGAGUUUGAUGAGGACAGCGGUGAUUAUCCAUUAACUAUUGCUGGUCCACAGUGGAAAAAAUUUAAAUCCAGUUUUUGUGAGUUUAUUGGGGUACUGGUUCGACAGUGUCAAUACAGCAUCAUAUAUGAUGAAUACAUGAUGGACACAGUAAUCUCGCUUCUGACUGGGCUUUCGGACUCCCAGGUUCGAGCUUUCAGACAUACCAGCACGUUAGCAGCCAUGAAGCUGAUGACCGCCUUGGUGAAUGUGGCACUGAAUCUUAGUAUCAACAUGGACAACACACAGAGGCAGUACGAGGCUGAGCGAAACAAAAUGAUAGGCAAGAGAGCGAAUGAUAGGCUGGAGCUGCUCCUACAAAAGCGCAAAGAGCUUCAAGAAAAUCAGGAUGAAAUUGAAAACAUGAUGAAUGCAAUCUUCAAAGGCGUUUUUGUUCACAGAUAUCGGGACUCAAUAGCUGAAAUUCGUGCAAUCUGCAUUGAAGAGAUUGGUGUCUGGAUGAAGAUGUACAGUGAUGCCUUUCUCAAUGACAGCUAUUUAAAAUAUGUGGGGUGGACCAUGCAUGAUAAGCAAGGGGAAGUGAGGCUCAAGUGUCUUACGGCUCUUCAGGGCCUGUAUUACAACAGAGAACUCAAUGCCAAGCUUGAGUUAUUCACAAGCCGUUUCAAGGAUCGAAUUGUGUCGAUGACACUGGACAAGGAGUAUGAUGUUGCAGUACAAGCAAUAAAACUUUUGACCCUUGUUUUACAUAGUAGCGAUGAAGUUCUAACUGCAGAAGACUGUGAAAGUGUUUAUCACUUAGUUUAUUCAGCUCAUCGGCCAGUAGCUGUUGCAGCAGGAGAGUUUCUUUACAAAAAACUCUUCAGUCACCGGGAUACAGAAGAUGAUGGAAUGCCAAAGAGAAGGGGAAGGCAAAGUCCAAAUGCUAAUCUUGUGAAAACAACUGUAUUUUUCUUUUUGGAAAGUGAGCUUCAUGAGCAUGCAGCUUACCUCGUGGACAGCAUGUGGGAUUGUGCUUCUGAUGUGCUGAAGGACUGGGAGUGCAUGAUCAGCCUUCUGCUGGAAGAGCCACUUCCAGGCGAGGAAGCUUUGACAGACCGCCAGGAGACUGCACUGAUUGAAAUUAUGCUCUGCACCAUACGGCAGGCGGCAGAAUGCCACCCUCCAGUAGGCAGAGGAACAGGGAAAAGGGUACUCACAGCUAAGGAAAAAAAAACCCAGCUCGAUGACCGGACGAGAAUUACUGAGCUGUUUGCUGUAUCAUUGCCUCAGUUGCUAGCCAAGUACUCUGUAGAUGCUGAAAAGGUGACCAAUCUUUUGCAGCUUCCACAAUUUUUUGACCUAGAAAUAUACACAACAGGUCGGUUAGAAAAGCACCUGGAUUGUUUGUUACGGCAAAUAAGGGAGAUUGUGGAGAAACACACAGACACUGAUGUUUUAGAGGCUUGCUCUAAGACCUACCAUGCCCUCUGCAAUGAAGAGUUCACAAUAUUUAAUAGGGUGGAUAUAGCAAGGAGCCAAUUAUUAGAUGAGCUGGUGGACAAGUUCAACAGACUACUAGAGGACUUUUUGCAGGAGGGAGAAGAGCCAGAUGAGGAUGAUGCUUAUCAGGUCUUAUCCACACUAAAGAGGAUCACAGCUUUCCAUAAUGCACAUGACCUCUCCCGGUGGGACCUAUUUAGUAGCACCUACAAGUUGCUUAAUACUGGGAUUGAGAACGGGGACAUGCCAGAACAGAUUGUCAUUCACGCACUGCAGUGCACACACUACGUGAUACUGUGGCGUCUUGCCAAGAUUUCGGAAGGCAGUUCUACAAAGGAGGAUAUGGUGAACCUGAGGAAACAGAUGAGGGCUUUUUGUCUGAUGUGCCAGCGUUACCUAACAAAUGUAAAUACAGCCGUUAAAGAACAGGCUUUCACUAUCCUUUGUGAUGUCCUGAUGAUAUUUAGUCAUCAGAUUGUAUCAGGAGGGCGUGACAUGCUUGAGCCUUUAGUUUACACCCCAGAUUCUUCUCUGCAGUCUGAACUACUUAACUUCAUUCUGGAUCAUGUAUUUAUUGAUCAAGAUGAUGACAGCAACAGUGCAGAUGGACAACAAGAUGACGAAGCCGGAAAAAUUGAAGCUUUGCACAAAAGGCGAAACCUCCUUGCAGCUUACUGUAAAUUAAUUAUUUAUAAUGUUGUGGAAAUAAAUACAGGAGCAGACAUAUUCAAACAAUACAUGAGGUAUUACAAUGACUAUGGGGAUAUCAUCAAAGAAACUAUGAGCAAAACAAGACAAAUAGACAAGAUCCAGUGUGCAAAAACACUCAUAUUGAGCUUACAGCAGCUGUUCAAUGAGAUGCUGUCAGAACUUGGGUAUAAUUUUGACCGAUCUUCUUCAGCCUUUUGUGGAAUAAAAGAACUGGCACGGCGUUUUUCGUUAACGUUUGGGCUUGAUCAGCUUAAAACCAGGGAAGCUAUUGCCAUGUUACACAAAGAUGGCAUUGAGUUCGCAUUUAAAGAGCCCAGUCCUCAUGGAGAAGGAAAUCCCCCAGUUAAUCUAGCUUUCCUGGAUAUCUUAAGUGAAUUUUCCUCCAAACUGCUUCGACAGGACAAAAGGACAGUAUACGUUUACCUGGAGAAGUUCAUGACAUUUCAGAUGGCUCUGCGAAGAGAGGACUGCUGGCUUCCACUGAUCUCCUACAGAAAUUCUUUGCUUGCUGGAGGAGACGAUGAUACCAUGUCUGUUAUAAGCGGAAUAAGCAGUCGAGGCUCAACUAUGAGGAGUAAAAAGGCAAAACCUGCAACUGGGAAACGGAAACUAACGGAAGCUGAAGAAAGCAGCAGCAGUGAUGGCAUGUGGAUGAACAGGGAACAGACAAUGCAGACACCAGUUAUGAUGCCCUCACCUCACCUCACAUCUACUGUCAUGAGAGACCCCAAGAGGUUACGACCAGAAGAAAGCUACAUGGGAGUCUACUCUUUGCCACCUGAUCAGCAACAGCAACAACAGCAGCCACCUCAACAACAGCAUCAUCAAACACCAAUGGACUACAAUACCCAGGUAACUUGGAUGUUGGCUCAGAGACAACAAGAAGAAGUCCGGCAGCAGCAGGAAAGAGCAAUGAAUUACGCCAAACUGAGAAGCAAUUUACAGCAUGCAAUCCGGCGUGGUACAGGUCUUAUGGAAGAUGAUGAAGAGCCAAUUGUAGAAGAUGUAAUGAUGUCAUCUGAAGGACGCAUUGAAGAUCUCAAUGAAGGCAUGGAUUUUGACACCAUGGAUAUUGAUCUGCCACCAUCUAAAAAUCGCAGAGAAAGAUCAGAACUGAAACCGGACUUCUUUGAUCCUGCUUCUAUCAUGGAUGAUUCUGUCCUUGGAGUAUCAAUGUUCUAAGCAGAUUUUGUGGAAGAUUUGCUAAGGAGAAAGACAAUUUCUGUUGUUACAGUAAACCUCUUGAUGCUGUACAGAUGUUUUUUCUCCUCUGUGGAGAAUCUUUAUUGGACAUGCUCAUUGGACUAAGUGCAUUGAGGCAACAUUGUUUGCCUGCUGAGGUGACUUGUUAAAACUACUAAAACGUUUGCAAUCAUUGGGUAAGCUUUCCAGUUUUUAGUUAAACAGCUACUGACAAAUUAGGAAGGAUCUGGGAUUUUUAGACUUCAGUUAUAUUGAUUUCAGUAGAAGAAUGAAUGUUUUCAAUUUACAGGGAGGCAUUUUCAGCAUUGAAACCCUGUGCAGGGAGCUAUCAGAAUUCUAAAUCAGAUUACAGUAUUUUUAAAACUGGGGUGAAUUUUUUUAUAACUUAAAGUAGACUUUGUCUAAUGUAUAGCCCUUUUGUAAUAGAACGUAAUCAGAUGUAAAUUAGUAAUUUAUAAGCAGGUUGUUUCUGAAUACAAUGAGUAUACAUUUUUUUUGUUUUUUGACAUUUAUGAUGUGUGAUGAUGGAACCUGUCCUCUUGAUUCCUUGUUUUUUCUUUUUGCUGUAUCAUAAAAAUAAAAAAAAGGUUCCAAUGCCAUGUGAUCUUGGAGCAGAUUAUGACUAAUGAGACAUAAAGAAGUAAAUCCCUGUUACUCUUCUGAGGUAUCAAUGCAGUGCUGGAAACUAAUGAUGAUGACUAUAUUGAAGCAGUCAUUAAGCUUACCCAAAGAUUUAAACUGUUUGCCAGUCCUUUUGAGAGACUAAUAUUAAGGAAGAAAGUGCAAAUCUUUCCAGUAGUGCCACUGUAUUGUCUCUAAUAAAAAGAGCUUGGGUAUAGUAUGUUUGCUGAAAAUAAUUUUCUCAAAACACAAUUAUACAGCUUAUUAGAGUGUGGGAAUAGGUAUCUAAAUUUUAAAUAAAGUUAUAUAUAUAUAAAUUGGUGCUGAUUUUAUAAUCGCGCAGUUUGUUUAGUUUUUCUUACUUUUAAAUUCCAACCUAAAAUUAUAAGGUUUCAGAAAUAUAUUAAAAUGUUUAAAAAUGAAUGCAUGUGUAUUCAUGCAUAAAAAAGAUUUUUAAAUUUGUAUUUUAUAUUGUUUUUUCUUUGUCUUUGCAAAGUCUUCAGGUUUCAAUACCUUUUUUGUUUUCCUAUAUAUGUAAAUUAGUUUGGAUAACAGAUUCAUGAAACUAUCCAUCAUGGUAUUCUGUAAAGUUCAGCUUUAAGUUUUUAAAUUUUAAAUGUCCUUUCACAAAUCCUUAAAUAAAAAAUCUGUAACAUACAAAUCUUUAAAAAACCUAUUUGGACAUGAACAUUAUUCUGCAAUGCUUGGGCAGCUAGACACAGCUUAAGUAUAACAUUAACUUAUAGUACAAAAUGUACAUUUUUGUUAAAUGUCUUGUUUAUUGAGGUAUAUUCUUUAUAAUCAUUCCAUGCCUUAAUAUGCUUGCAAUACAAAACUCCCUGUUUUCUCUUGCCGAAAUCUUCCAUGUAAGUAAAUAAAACUAGUUAUGUUUAAAGGUUUAAUUAUGGGGCUGUGGUAGCCAAAAACCAUAGAAAUUGACUAGUGUUAUAUUGACAGAAAAAGAUUAGAAAUGCUAUUGACACAGCAUAUGUUUGUUUUACGUAAUUUUUACGUAAGUAAAUACUCUUAUGCUUUGAAGAAUACUGCCUAGUGUUUUUUUCACACCACUGCAUUAACAGAACUGCUGAAAGGACUGUAUAUAUAAAUUUAAGUGCAAGCUGAUUUUUUUCUAUUUUCAAAGGUGUGUUUCUUUGUGUGAGCAGUUCUUUAAAGCUGUAUGUUUUCAACCAGCUUAAAAUGUUUUAUAUAUAUAAAUAUAUUUACCUUAACCUGUUGUCCCCCCAUCUUCUGUCGUCCACUGUACUGUUUCUGAUUUGUAUUUGUCUGGAGACAGUAACUUUUUGAAUAAAAGUAAACCUUCUGCA